CACUCAAAGCAGCAACAGCUCAGCGCAGCUAAAACGCCUACAAAUUAAAAUUAAACGAAAUGUCUUCAAUGCAACUAACAGAAAUGUCCAAGACGUACCAGUACCGCAAGGUAAUGAAGCCUCUGCUGGAGCGCAAGCGUCGCGCACGCAUCAACAAGUGCCUCGAUGAACUCAAAGAUCUGAUGGUGGCCACACUCGAGUCCGAGGGCGAGCAUGUUACACGCCUGGAGAAAGCCGACAUACUCGAACUAACAGUCACACAUCUGCAAAAGAUGAAGCAGCAGCGACAGCAUAAGCGCGCCACUGGCGCUGGGGAUUCUCUCACACCCGCCGAGGGAUUCCGCUCCGGCUAUAUACAUGCCGUCAAUGAGGUCUCCCGCUCGCUGUCUCAACUGCCCGGCAUGAAUGUCAGCCUGGGCACAGAACUCAUGACGCACUUGGGCCAGCGCUUGAAUCAACUGCAGCCAGCGGUCAAGGAGGUGCUGCCAGUCACAGCGCCGCUCUCCGUGCACAUUGCCAGCCGUGAUGGCUACUCCGUGCCCAUUUCACCCAUCUCCAGCUACGCCGGCAGCCCCAACUCCAGCGCCACCAGCGAACACUUGCUCACCACUUGCAGCAGCAGCAGCAAGCAACACGAGACGGUGGACAGCGAGGAUGAGGAGAAUGUCUGGCGUCCUUGGUAAAGCAAAAGCACCAAGAGCUAACAUUAGAGAGCAAAAGAUUGUUUAGUUUAGCACAAUGUCUUCCAUGUCCAAGUGACAGACACCUAGCAUUAAGUUCAAAAUUAAGUACACCACAAAAGCUUUAAA